CCGACGUCGUCGAGAUCGUUUCUCCGUUACCGAAAUCUUCCCCGUGAUCGCCAUGUGACUUCCGUUCACCACACGACUCUCCACACACCCCAUCACAAUGCACUAAAUCCAUAACAAUCUCUGCGUUCAUGUAAACAAUUUAAAAGCAUCGAUUUUUAAUGUUAUUUAUAAGAAGAUUCGAAUUAUUCGGUGAGACGUCACGUGGGUGAACGAUGAUUCUGAACGCGGGGGAAAGGAGAGCGUCGGUUGACACGGGGAAAAUUCAGAGGACUGUCUCGUGGUUUUUAUCGUUGUCACGUGGUUAGGGAAAAGUGGCGGGUUUACGCGCAUGAUUACAACGGUGCGUGAUGUUGUUAUGCGAGACAAUGCGGUGGGGUGAUGAAUUGUGCGAUCUGUUGAGAUGCAGGCUGAUGGUACUUCUGGUGCUGGUCGGAUGCAGCGACGGAUACUUGAACAUCUUCAUCAGCCAGUCCCAGGUUAUGAAGCUGAUGGGACUCAAAGCUGAGUUGUACUACGUCAGAGAAGGGGUGGUCAACACGUACGCCAUGAACUUUGUGGUUCCUGUUCCUCCAAACAUUGCGGAUCUUGAAUUCUCCUGGCAGAGUCUUGCUGGGCACCCGUUACCAUACUCGAUGGAGUUGGACUACGACAUCGUAGGUGUACCUGGCGGUGUUUCCGGAGUAAUGGCAUUGCUUCCUCCCAGGGUGAACGUAUCAGCCAGAGGGGAAGUACCAGUCACCUUGCAAGUCUUCAGGAUCAGGCUACCCUGUUCAGGACUUGUCAGCGCUGAAAUUCCUUUGGCUUUGAGGUUAAACGUCACUGCCCCUCCUGCCACUAAAUACAACGACACUAUUCUUGUCUUUAAGAGAAACAAGAUUUGUUUGAAGGGAGUAGAAGCACCACCAAGAAACGAUUCAGUACGUCUGGAACCAGGACCGCUUGUGAAUGGUGCUGGAACACUUUACGUCGCCGCGACAUGUGCUUGCGCCUUAAUAUUAGUCGUCGGUAGUGUAGCCAGCGCCUUGUACAUUCGCAACAGCAAGGCUCGUAUUCAAGAGUCGCAGAAAACACUGCCCUGCUGCAGCUAUUCGGCGGCAGACACCGGUGGCCUGGCCAGAAGUUCUGUUCUGGUUAGGGUCGACCCACGACCCGGAAGCGCAAAUUCCGGAAGUUACGCGACCAUUGCCGACCUGGAGCCACUCUAUGCGAGACCCUGCGGUUCCAGAGCGAGUUACUACGCUUCCAGCCAUAUGACGCAUCUGAGUCAGUCGACCGAUCCUUGUGAAAAAGCCAGAGCACUCGCUGUAUCGAGGUCCGCGUUAUAUUGCCGCAACCUCGUGCAAGAAGGCACCUUCGGGCGCGUUUACAAAGGCACUCUGGAACUGGCAGGUCGAGAGCAAGAAGUUAUCAUAAAGACUGUCACAGAAGUGGCAUCGGCUUAUCAGGCGUCCUUACUGGUGGUGGAGGGUUCCCAGUUGGCGGGAUUAGUGCAUGCAAACAUAGCUUCUCUCGCGGCUGCUUGCCUGGAUAGUUCUUGUCCAUUAUUGGCAUACACCAGUACUCCGGGCGUGUUGAAUUUAAAGCUGUACCUUACCGACGGGACUCAUCAUCCUGUCACCAGGGAUUUGGUGCACGUUGGAGCACAAGUAGCCAGGGCAGGGGCAUUCUUGCACGGUAGAGGGCUGCUGCACAGGGACAUCGCAGCAAGAAACUGCCUGAUCGAGCCAAGCAGCCUUCACGUUCAAUUAGCUGAUACAGCUUUGGCGCGAGAUCUUUUCCCUCAGGAUUACCACUGCCUCGGUGAUAACGAGAAUAGACCCAUUCGGUGGAUGGCUUUGGAAACGCUCCAGCACAAUCAGUACAGCACUGCUACGGACGUGUGGUCCUUCGGAGUGUUCUUAUGGGAGUUAGCAACGAUGGGUCAGCAGCCAUACGUCGAAGUGGAUCCAUUCGAAAUGAUGGCGUGUCUCCGAGACGGUUAUCGACUGGUGCAACCAAGACCAUGUCCAGACGAGCUUUUCGCGGUGAUGGCCGUGUGUUGGUUAGGUUUAUCCAGAGAUCGACCAACCAUGCCCCAACUUCUCGCCUACCUACAAGACUUCCACGACGCCCUGGGUGGCUUCAUCUAAACCGAACUUAUCCUACGAUUACACACCGGAACCACAUACAAACACCAACAAAAUAAAAUCACGAGAAGAAUGUUUCCUGUCGAGGUUAACCGAAGUUCAACGUGCAAGAGAGAGACUUUGAAGAGACUUGAUUUCACGGGAGAUGAAACAAGCACGUUCCGAGGGUUGCGGUUUCUGAGAAUCAAAGAAAACGGGAAUCAAAUUGUAUGGAAAUGAAAAUACUGCCCAUUUGCGACUGUGAUCGACCCUAGAGAUUUGAACUCGAAACGGUGCUGGGAUAUAUUUUAUUUAAUAUUGAUUUAUAUUUGCUAUUUGUACUUUGAGGUUUUGUUUGAACUGUCGCUAUAGAAAUAGCUGUAAGACUGGGUAGAUUAACUAUUUCUAUUUUAUCAAAACUUUAUAGCAUAACUCUGCAACUAAGUCAUUGAUGAUCACAUGAAACACAGUGUACUUAUUUUUACAAU